AUGCCACAAGAAAAUCGAAGUUCCUUUAGCAUCGACCUUCAAAAAGAUGAAUUUAAGGAUUUAUGGGAAAAAGUAAAAGCAAGUUACGAGACUUUCGCUAUUAGCAACACGGUUAAAGAUUCAGAUGAAGAUUGUGAUCAGGCAAAACGGUUGUAUAAGGAAUGUAGAUUAGCCUACAUAACUAUUGCGGCUUUAAUGGGUGAACUGUCUCAAUCCUUUAUAAACAAGCCAGUUUUAAGUUCAACUCAUUGUGCACCUGGGAACAGUGGAGACUCAGCUACUGUGGUGAAUAGCAUUUCUAGCCAUCACAUGAAGUUGCCACCUUGCACGAUGGAAGUAUUUAAGGGCGAUUAUGGAUCUUGGAUUUCUUUUCGCGAUAUGUUCACAGCGGUUUAUAUUAACUGUGACGAUUUGUCGGGAGUUGAGAAAUUGUUUUAUUUAAGACAAUUCUCAUCUGACGAUGCUUUGGAAAUUGUUAGGGAUUCGCCUUUGACAAAUCAAGGAUUUCAAAAUGCCUGGAAUAAUCUAAGUGAGGCUUAUGAAAAUAAAAGGAUUUUGGUCAACAGCCAACUUAAGAUUUUAUUCAACCUUUCCCCCGUUAAAACUGAAUCAGCUAAGGAUAUAAAAAGGCUUCAAAGGGACAUCAAUAAUUGCAUUUCGGUCUUGAAAUUACAUGAGAUAGAUAUCUCUACAUGGGACCCUAUUUUUGUAUAUCUGUGUUCCAUUAAAUUACCAGUCCUCACUAUGUCAUUGUGGGAACAGAGUGUGAAAAUUAAGAAAGAGAUACCGAAAUGGCGAGAAAUGGACACUUUUAUAACAUCCCGAUUUCAAUCUUUGGAAACAGUGUUCGACAUUCGUAAUUCUGGUUUGAUGAGUGGAACACAAAAAUCUGAUUCGGAAGAUGCUGUCAACCCUACGGGAAAUAGGCAAAAUGUAAACAGAUUUAAGUCCAAGAAUAAGUCUAAUUUUGGAAAUAAUGCAUCAUCUGGAGGAAAAUUUAGAAGUUUUCAAGCCAAGGUAGGAAAUUCCUGUAUUUUAUGUUCAAGAGACCAUUUGUUGAGAUUUUGCUCGAAAUUUUUGGAAAUGAAUCCCGGAGAAAGAUUUUUGAUAGUAAAGAGAAACAAUCUUUGCAUUAAUUGUUUAGGUACCGGACACAAGUUAGAUACUUGUACAAGCAAAUAUAGUUGCUCAGUAUGUAAAUUAAAACACCAUUCUAUGUUACAUCGGGAGGUAACAGAAACAUCUACGAAUAAUAAUGAUAGUUCAGAUAGGCCAACUACCAGUCAAGCGGUUGUACAAACUCAGACCGUACAAAAUUGUUUUGUAACUGCAAGACAACAAGUUUUAUUGGGAACUGCUUUAGUAAAUAUUAUAUCUCGAGGCGACGUGUUUACUGCAAGGGCACUAAUAGAUUCAGGUUCACAGGCCACUUUCAUUUCGGAAAGAUUGCAGAGGAAACUUAAUUUGCCUAUUAAGAGUAUUUGUGCUAAGGUUUCAGGUUUGAAUGGCGCGUUUGCGGGGUCUGUUCAAAAGCAAUGCUCGUUUGUUUUGAGCUCUCCCCAAGAUUCAGGUUUUAGGCUUGAAGUUCAAAGUCUUGUUUUACCGAGCUUGACUGGGAAGUUGCCUGUUGAUUCAGUUGAUGUUUCUCAAUGUUCUUUAUCUAAUCUUAACCUUUAA